ACAUACACAAACUGCACUUAAUUAUACAUAGCCAUGGGAGAAGGAGAAGCAAAAGCAGAGCACGCAGCCAAAGCAGAUCACAAGAACGCUCCCUCCGCUUCGUCAACGCCGGAAUCUUACUCUAAAGAAGGUGGAGGAGGCGGCGGUGGAGGUGCUCUCCGCGCAAUCUGCGGCGCGAUCUUCACGGUCCUCAUCUUACUAGGUAUCAUCGCUUUAAUCCUUUGGCUCGUCUACCGUCCACACAAACCACGUCUCACCGUCGUCGGAGCCGCCAUCUACGACCUCAACUUCACGGCGCCGCCGUUAAUCUCAACCUCCGUUCAGUUCAGCGUUUUGGCAAGAAACCCUAACCGGAGAGUAUCAAUUCACUACGACAAGCUCUCUAUGUACGUAACGUACAAAAAUCAGAUCAUAACACCGCCGCUUCCGUUACCGCCGCUUCGUUUAGGACAUAAAUCUACGGUGGUGAUAGCUCCGGUGUUGGGAGGCAACGGUAUACCAGUUUCGCCGGAAGUGGCUAACGGUUUGAAGAAUGAUGAAGCUUACGGUGUCGUUUUGAUGAGAGUGGUGAUUUUAGGGAGGCUCCGAUGGAAAGCUGGUGCGAUUAAGACUGGACGGUAUGGAUUUUAUGCCAGGUGUGAUGUGUGGUUGAGAUUUAAUCCAUCUUCUAAUGGACAAGUUCCUCUUCUCGCUCCUUCAACUUGAGAUCUCGGGGAUUACGAGAUCGACUUGAAAGGAAAGUUAACAUAUGUAUAAUAUAUUCUUAUUGUUAAAUAGGUAGAUUUCCUAUUAUCAUAUAUGUAAAGAACUUGCUAAUCAAGUUAUGAUUCUUGU